AUGGUGAUGCUCCGAUUGACCGCCGAGCAGUACCAGAAGCUGCCAAUUCUGGUAGACGAGACGACGUGCAUCAGCAAGACCUAUGUCAUCACGGGCGGCAACUCUGGCCUGGGCCUCGAGACGGCGCGACACCUUGUCGCGGCGUCGGCCGAGUGCGUCGUGCUGGCCGUGCGAAACCUCAAGGCGGGGGAAGUUGCCAAGAAGGACAUUGAGAAGACGACCGGCCGCAAGGGAGUCAUCCAGGUACGGCAUGUAGACAUGUCGACCUACGCAUCUGUCCAGAGCUUCGUAACGAAGAUAACAGACGGGCUCGACAGGAUCGACGGCUUUAUCUGCAACGCGGGGCUCAUGAUCGAUGCGUGGUCGCAGUCCGAGGGCAUGGAGACGAGCAUGUUUGUCAACGUCAUCAACACCGUGUUCCUCGGCGCUCUCAUCAUGCCUAAACUCAAAGAGUGUGCGAACAAGUUCGACAUCAAGCCCACUCUCGUAUUCAUCGUCAGUGUCCUUGGGUACACCGCCAAGGGCGAGAUGGACAAGAGUCGCCACGGCGUCAUCUUUGACGGGCUCAACGACCAGAAGCGGGCCAACAUGGACGUCAGAUACGCCCUCACCAAGCUCGUGGAAGAGUGCGCCGUACGCCAGUUCGCAGCCCUCUGCCCCGUCGAGCGCACAGGCGUCGUCAUCACCAUGGUCGCGCCUGGUCUCUGCACCACCGGCCUAGGCCGCGACGCCCGAACCUUCACCAAGAUCAUGCACGAGGCGGUCCGGGCCAUGAUGGCGCGAACCGCGGAGGUGGGCAGCCGCACCAUCCUACACGGGCUGCUAGUGGGAGAGGAGGGCCAUGGCAAGCUGCUGUCCGGCUGUAAGAUCAAGGAAUUCUGGGUGCCCACAUGGCUCACUAACCAGGAGGGCCAGAAGCUGCAGAAGGGCAUCUGGGACGAGCUCGUUUCCAGGUUGGAGUCUGUGCAGCCCGGCUGCAUCUCACAGCUCAAGUAG